AUGACACGUGGCAGGGUUUAUUGGUCACAAGGAGCCGUGGUUGGAUGUACUCGUCAUGAAAUGCCUUUCCUGCAAUGCCAUGAGCUUGAAUGUCCUCAAGUAAAUGGUCAAUCAAUCACCAGGGAAACUAUCAACAUAACCGGAGUUGGUACCAUUGUUGCCAAAAUCGACCGUCAAGGGGGCUUCUUGGACUUAUUUGUCAAACAUGACGUUGGAAUCCGCACUGCAUUUGGAGACAAAGUCAUUACGGUCAAGUAUGUUGUGAACAAAAGCCAAUGUGGUGAAGGUGUUUCGUUGUUACUGAAGCCCGGUCAAAGAGGAAAAUUCAUGGGAGCUCUAGCUGGGUGGGAUAGAAACAAUUGCACAAUGGUUGUCGAUAUGAGGGGCGCAACUGUUGGCCAAAACAACAAAUGA